AUCAACGCCACAACCUCUAUCUCUGUUUCCAACUCACAGAAUCAAAGAGAUAGUCCUAUAAAUUUGUUUACAGGAAAUCCUUUACAAGAAUUUAUUAUUAAAACAAAAUUAAAAAGUGAACUCAAUUGAAAAUUAUUUAAUAAUGUGUCUUUGAUUGUAGAUAAUACAGACAAAUUAUAGAAGAAACCGGUUGGAGAUUGUGGAAGACAAUUGGAAAUAAAAUCCUGGUAAACGAUUAACUUUGGAGGGCACUCGUACUGUUGCUAUACAGCUGUUAAUCACUGUUCAAGUGUGCCACUUGCCCCUGGGUACGUUUCCCAUCUCAUGUACUUGGGUGGUUUGGAACUUCCUGUCGGCUACAAAUAAUAAAACACCACCCAAAGCUGCGAUUCGCGUUUUGUAAAAUCGUUUGAAGAAUGGCCUCGGCAUGAAUACAUGUCAGUUAAAGCUGGAAGUGUCAUUGCAACGUGUGGAGAAAAUGUUCAUUCUCGAUGGUCAAGUGUUUCAAAAGAAACAAAAUGACCAUGGAACUGCCUAUUUCCAAGUGAAUUAUUAACUUUGCCGUGGUCACGUCAUGGUCUGAUUUGAUCGAACAUUAUGCGUGUGUAUUUUGACGUUCGAGCAAUGUUGUACCAUCCAUUGCAUUGAUAAACCUUAUUCUUUGAACCAAAAAAUGAGAUGCGUUUUAGGUCACAUUGAUCUUGCCAUAGAUGUGGCGCACCGUCUUCUGAUUAAUAGUCAAAAUCAACAGGAGAUUGUAACACAGUUGAACUAAGUUUUGUUCAGCAGGCAGAACCUACAAAGGAUAGAAUGAAUGUGCAGUUCAGCCUGGUUUUGCUACUGACGCUCUUCUCUUGCCGGAGUGAAACGGUGUGCGUCUGCCCAACCUGCCCCGACGGAUGGUCGCUCAUGGACAACUACUGCUACCGGUUUUACCCUCAGGAGGAGGAAUGGCAAAUGGCAGAUGCAAUUUGCAAUCAGGUAGAUGAGACCAAGUCUUCAUCACUGGUGUCCAUCCACAGCGUGAAAGAGAAUAAGUUUGUUGGCAAGCUUGCUGGGAAGGCAAGGUCGUGGAUUGGUCUGAAUGAUAGGUUCACUGAGGGGAAGUUUGAGUACACGGACGGGUCUCCGUUUACCUACGACGCAUUCCCGCCUCCUGAGCCAAACAAUGCAGGCCGAGGCGAAAACUGCGUAGAAAUCAACAAUAGUGGCACCCUCGGACGUUGGAACGAUCACCGGUGCAGCGUACGAAAACCGUUCAUCUGCCAAAUGUGGCCUACGUACAAAGAAAAGUAAGGCCUUAUGACCCUCGUGUACAUCGCCAUCAUGGCCUGUUGACUUGGAUGAUGUAGUCUAUGUUCAAGUCGGGAUUUUGAUAUAUUCCACUUACGCACAUUGGUCUCUACAAAAGCAUCAUGGCAUUGUCUUAAAUUCCAUCUAAAGUCCCGUUUUAAAAAGAAAGACUAGGAUGUUUAUAAAUUCUCUGCAUAGAUGCUGCCGUCUUUGAUUAAUUGGAUUGUCACGUGACUAUUAUGCAAAAAUUAACGUGUGUGAUAGGUGACACGCGGCAGAGAUGUGCCCUCUGAGCCUCCAAAAAACCACGUGAUCAAAGAAUACUGUGAAAUAAAAUCCAAGAUGGCGGUAUCCGUCCAGCAGUCUAUAGACCAAUCUGGGCAUGCUGUCGUAUCUAUCACGAAGGUCCCCUUUAAUGGCGAAAGCAUUGUGCUAGCUAUUGUUAAGAUACUCCGUCACGGGACAGUUGCCUUGGUACAAUAGCAUGCACAAUCGUUCCUCGAUUGAAAAGGGGGCCUUGUGUGUGAACAGUGAUCACGUGACCAGAUUCGUCUAUAUAUAGGCUACACACGCUGACUCCUCUCCUUUCGAUUGAUGGUAUCAUUUCGUUUUCCUCCGCAUAAAGUUUUAAUUAAUGUAGUGAGACGUCUUUUACGAGACACCGUACAAUUGGCACACAGCCCAGAAAAAUGUAUACAAACGCGCACUCAGUGCCGUAAACGAGCGAAUAUCAUCCCUUUUCUGCCUGCACACCAAAGUGUGCAAUUUGGAGGCCUAGUUCACAACAGCCGUACACUGGCCAGGCGUUCGGGGAAC